GCAAUGAUGUCACAGUGCAGAAGCAACCACGUCUUUAUAAAGAUUCCACAGCAGAGAAGCUCUGUGCCAAUCUACUCAGCAAGAUGCUCCUCCCAGUGGCUUUCUAGGAAGGACGUGAGCUGAGCAGCACCGGCAGAGAGAAUGCUUCGUUUGAUCAGCACCAGACUGAGUGCCAGCUGGUGGAGGCAACUUUGGGCACAAGCUCUGGCUACGCCCCACUUCAGGCUGACAUCGCCUCCAUACUAUAUAACGCAUCAAAAAGAGGGAUACUCAAGUCAAGCAAACAAGGAAUCCACAUCCUUUGUCAUGAACCUGUUCAACGGGCAGUUUGUACCUGACAAUGUUUUUCCUUUCCCCUCAGUGCUCUCCAUGGAGCAGAUGCAGUCCCUGCAAGCCCUGGUAGAUCCCUGCACCCGCUUCUUCGAGGAGGUUAAUGAUCCUGCGGAGAACGAGAAACUGGAGAGCAUUGAGACGGCCACCCUGGCAGGGCUGAAGGAGAUGGGAGCCUUUGGGCUGCAGGUUCCUGAGGAGCUGGGGGGAAUUGGGCUGACGAACACCCAGUAUGCUCGGGUUGUGGAGGUGGUUGGAGUGCACGACCUUGGUGUGGGCAUAAGCCUCGGUGCUCAUCAGUCAAUCGGCUUUAAGGGAAUCCUGCUCUUUGGGACCCAGAGUCAGAAGGAGAAAUACCUGCCCAAGCUAGCAUCUGGAGAGACCAUGGCUGCCUUCUGCCUGACAGAGCCAUCUAGUGGCUCAGACGCGGCGUCUAUUAAAACCCUCGCCGAGCUCAGCGAGUGUGGGAAAUUCUACACACUGAACGGUGGGAAAAUAUGGAUCAGUAAUGGAGGGACAGCUGAGAUCUUCACAGUGUUCGCCAAGACCCCGGUAAAGGAGCCAACAGGGGAAGUGAAGGACAAAAUCUCAGCCUUCAUUGUGGAGAGAGCGUUUGGGGGAGUGACCAGUGGCCCCCCGGAGAAGAAGAUGGGGAUCAAGUGUUCCAAUACAGCUGAAGUGCACUUUGAUAACGUGAAGGUGCCAGCAGAAAAUCUGCUUGGGGAGCUCGGAAAAGGCUUCAUGGUCGCCAUGAACAUAUUGAACAAUGGGCGCUUUGGGAUGGCCUCUGCCCUGGCAGGCACCAUGCGUGGAGUAAUCGUCAAAGCUGUUGAUCAUGCUGCUAAUCGUAAGCAGUUUGGAGACAAGAUCAGCAACUAUGGGGCUAUUCAGGAGAAGAUUGCACGGAUGGCCAUGCUCCACUAUGUUACAGAGUCGAUGGCCUACGUGGUGAGCGCCAACAUGGACAUGAAGGUGCCUGAUUACAAGCUUGAAGCGUCAAUCAGCAAGAUUUUUGCCUCAGAAGCAGCCUGGUACGUCACAGAUGAGUGCAUCCAGGUCCUUGGAGGAAUGGGAUACAUGAAGGAAACUGGUGUUGAAAGAGUCUUGAGGGACCUGAGGAUUUUCCGCAUCUUUGAGGGCACCAAUGAUAUCCUUCGCUUGUUUGUGGCACUGACGGGCAUUGAGUAUGCUGGAGUCCAGUUAAAGAAUCUGCGAACAACUAUCAUGAAUCCAUCAGGGAAAACUGAGACCAUCCUAAAAGAUAUCGGGAUGAGAGCAAAGCGUAAAGUUGGGAUUCCCACUGGUUUGUCUCUGGAGGGAAUCGUUCACCCAGGCCUGGACAACAGUGCAUACCUGGUGACGAAGGCCAUUGACUUGUUUGGUGAAGCUGUUGAGAGCCUCCUGCUGAAGUACGGCGAGAAGGUGAUAGACCAACAGUUUCAUCUGAAACGCGUGGCCAACGCUGCCAUUGACAUCUAUGCCAUGGCUGUGGUGAUCUCCAGGGCCAGCCGCUCUCUGUCUCUGGGACAACCCACCGCUGAGCACGAGAAGCUCUUGUGUCAAACGUGGAGCCAUGAGGCAUUUGAGCGAGUGAGAGAGAAUCUCCGAGCAGUGAAAUCUUCUACGUGGAAUCAGUCCUUUGCUAACAUGAAACAAAUAUCUAAUGCUGUUGUACAGAACCAAGGGAUCCUAGCCACCCACCCUCUGGGCUUCUGAACAGAAAUGGUGCUUUGGUUAACAAUGAGCAACAGCUACAAAUCCUAUUAUAUAGAAAAAUAUUACAUUACACGCUGUUUGCUUCUGUCUA